CAUUUUUCUAGCCUAGAAUUUCCAUGUCGCCGGAGUCGGCAUUUUAUUUUGUCCUUGUAGUUUCGCGAAUUUUUCACUCAAGCUUUUGACCGACGAACCGUAAAACAAAAGGGUGGAGUAUUCGCGUGCGUCACUCAAAUGAAAUUAUUAAACACCCCAAUUAUCCUACACAUUCGAGGCAUUUUUCCGCGGCCUUGAGAAUAGACGACUCGGUUUAGUAUCGAUGUCUCCAGAUCACCAUGGUACCUGAAACAUCCGAAGCGCCAACAAAGACUGAGUACCGGGAGAACUCUAAUUGGCACUGGACAUUAUUUUUUGAUAUUUAUUUCGUUCUCUCGUUUAUUUGUUUGGUGACUGAUUGCGUGCUCAUCACAGUCAUAGCCAAAUACAGAAGGUUGCGCAAUCGAAAAUCCAACAUGCUCAUCCUUCACUGGACAAUUUGUGACAUGACGUUCCAGGCACUACAUCCAGUGAUCUUUCGUCUGGCUUCUAAAAGCAACGUCCAAUCCUGGUACCACGUAAUGGUUUGCGUCAUGGAGGAGUUUUGCUACAUGUUGUUGAUAGUUCAAGUGCUGUUCGUUGUUUUGCUCACGUUCUAUUGGUACUACGAAAUUCACGAUCCCACUAAGUUAGUUAAAUUUAACAGCUACAUGACUCAUUGGAUCAUAUUCGUGUAUUGUUUUGGUCUGUUUUUGCUGGGCAUCCACAUAGGGAAUUGUGCGACACAUUUUUUCACCGGGCAUAUGGGUAUUAUGUUUUCAAUUCUAGGAUUUUUGGUUUAUUUUUUGUUUACGCUUAUCAUGAAUACGGUUAGUUUGGUUAAACGGAAAUUGAACAGGAGCACAUCUAACCCAUUUGGUAAUAUUAAUUUUAUUUUGAGCAACUUUUUCUUUUUCUGUAAGUUUUCUGUGUUGGUGGCAACUCUUGUUUCUUCCAUAUUUCAAUUCCAUUCUAUAGGUGUUAUGCUUGCGGUAUUGUUUGCAGUUUCCAAUUCCAUAUUUAACUUAAACAUUCUGUAUAUAUAUGAUGACGAUUAUAAAAUUUUCCUUACAAAUAUUCUUACCUGGAAGUGUGCCCGGUAUAAUGAUGAAUUUGUUAAUGAACCAGUAACUUUUGCAAAUAGAGAUGGCGAAUCUCGUAUUUAAUAUGUAUUAAAUAUAUGUUACUAUACAUAUAUGACUUAUAUUCUAUAGACUGAUUAAUGUACCUUUUGUUUAUUUUUAUACUUUUUUAUUAUUAACAAUAAAAUAUUUUAAACUUGAACAUAAUGUUUGAUUUACACAAUAUUAAAUAAGACAAAUAUAUUCUCCAUAAUUUUCCAUAAGUAUUUUACGUUUACGAAUAAAAUAAAUUAAUAAUAAUAAUUUCGAAUGUUUAUUCCAGAACAUAAAAAAACAGUACAAGAAUUUUUCA